UUCAUUUCUAGGGGAAAGUUUAAGUUGUAGUUGAGCCCUUCACCCAGAGAUUUCUAUAUUAUGUAUUGUAUGCAAAUAUCUAGUUCAUGGUGGCCUCAUUUGUUACCUGUAAGUUCUCUGAGAAUAGGAUCCACGUUCAUUUUUGGUCCUCCUUAUAUUCUCGGUACCUGCACAGAUUCUGGGCACAUCAUGGGUGCUGAUAUAAUGUUAAAUAAAUGAACAAAUGGAUGGGUGAAUAAAUAAAUGCAUGAAAAGGCACCAGGACAAAUCAUCUCUGUGGAAAGCAUAGGGUAGAUGUAAUCCCCCAUACAGUGUGGGAUUACACAGAGGGAUUACCCCAAGGGAGCCCGCAAGGGUCUGCACACUCACACCCCUGAUCAGAAAUUCCCAUCAGGAAAGUCACACAAACACCGACUUUCGGGAGGGCUUUGGAGCGCUGAAGGGGGGAAAAAGAAGCACAAAAGGUGAGCAAGCAGUUUUCAAAGGAUGCUUUCAACUCCCUGGCCAGUCCGUGUGUGUGUUUUCCUCUACAAAGUGUUUCCAAUUACUGUGGCACUCUCGGUAUCUGGAUCCAUCUCCAGUGAAUUCCUCUGCAGCUCCUGCCAGACAUAUGGGAUCAAUCAGGGCUUCGGCGCUGGUGCGCUUGCUGCGGGAAUGUUGACAGCCUGACAGACGCGGGGUUCUGGUGUCAUGGAAUCUCCAAAUCGUUGGCUUGAACCCGGGAGGAGAAGGAGAGGGGGAGGAGAGAGAUAGAGGCAAAGAUAGAGAAAGGAGAGGGGAGAGGGAGAGGCGGGAGAGAGGGAGCCAAGGAGGGAAGCGGGAGAUUUUUCUUGACUGCCCCCUUUCCUUCAAACAUUUUAUAGGUUUCAGGGAGAGAAGAGGAGGAGGAGAGAGGGAAGAAAAAACAGGAGAGCCAGAGGGGUAGAGAGCGCGCGCCGGUCGCUCCCGAGCGCCCGAGCCGCCGGAGGAGUCUGGAUUGUGUCCCCAGUGUCAGAUAAAGGGCGCUGAGCUCGCCCGCGGCCGCCGCCCCGCCGCCCGCUCCGCGCACGCCCCUCCGCGAGCCCGGCCGCCGGGCGCCCGUCCCCGCCCGGGCCGCCGCCUGCGCUCCGGGGCGGCCGCUCCGUCGCCGGCGCAAUGUGGCCGCGCCUGGCCUUUUGUUGCUGGGGUCUGGCGCUCGUUUCGGGCUGGGCGACCUUUCAGCAGAUGUCCCCGUCGCGCAAUUUCAGCUUCCGCUUCUUUCCCGAGGCGGCGCCCAGGGCCCCGGGGCGGCUGCCCGCGCUGGCCGACCUGCCGGAGCCGGGCGAGGACGCGACGGAGAGCAAAGUGGAGCGGCUGGGGCAGGCGUUCCGGCGCCGCGUGCGGCGGCUGCGGGAGCUCAGCGAGCGCCUGGAGCUCGUCUUCCUGGUGGACGAGUCGUCCAGCGUGGGCCAAGCCAACUUCCUCAGCGAGCUCAAGUUCGUCCGCAAGCUGCUGUCCGACUUCCCCGUGGUGCCCACCGCCACGCGCGUGGCCAUCGUGACAUUCUCGUCCAAGAACAACGUGGUGCCGCGCGUCGAUUACAUCUCCUCCCGCCGCGCGCACCAGCACAAGUGCGCGCUGCUCAGCCGGGAGAUCCCGGCCAUCACCUACCGCGGUGGCGGCACCUACACCAAGGGCGCCUUCCAGCAAGCAGCGCAAAUUCUUCGCCAUUCUAGAGAAAACUCAACAAAAGUGAUAUUUCUCAUUACUGAUGGAUAUUCCAACGGGGGAGAUCCCAGACCCAUUGCAGCGUCACUACGAGAUUUUGGAGUGGAGAUCUUCACUUUUGGCAUAUGGCAAGGGAACAUUCGAGAACUGAACGACAUGGCUUCCACCCCAAAGGAGGAGCACUGCUACCUGCUCCAUAGUUUUGAAGAAUUUGAGGCGUUAGCUCGCCGGGCAUUGCACGAAGAUCUACCUUCUGGGAGUUUUAUUCAAGAGGAUAUGUCCCACUGCUCCUAUCUUUGUGAAGCCGGCAGAGACUGCUGUGACCGAAUGGCAAGUUGCAAAUGUGGGACACACACAGGCCAGUUUGAGUGCAUCUGUGAGAAGGGGUAUUACGGAAAAGGUCUGCAAUAUGAAUGCACAGCUUGCCCAUCAGGGACGUACAAGCCUGAAGGUUCCCCAGGAGGAAUCAGCACCUGCAUUCCGUGUCCUGAUGAAAAUCACACCUCUCCGCCUGGAAGCACGUCCCCCGAAGACUGUGUCUGUAGGGAGGGAUACCGGGCAUCGGGCCAGACCUGUGAAGUUGUCCACUGCCCUGCCCUGAAGCCUCCUGAAAAUGGGUAUUUUAUCCAAAACACUUGCAACAACCACUUCAAUGCAGCCUGUGGGGUCCGAUGUCACCCUGGAUUUGACCUCGUGGGAAGCAGCAUCUUCUUGUGUCUACCCAGUGGUUUGUGGUCCGGUUCAGAGAGCUCCUGCAGGGUGAAAACAUGCUCCCACCUCCGCCAGCCCAAACAUGGCCAUAUCAGCUGUUCUACAAGGGAAAUGUCUUACAGAACGACAUGUUUGGUUACCUGUGAGGAAGGGUACAGACUAGAGGGAAGUACUAAGCUGACCUGCCAAGUAAACGCCCAGUGGGACGGUCCAGAACCCCGCUGUGUGGAGCGCCACUGCUCUACCUUUCAGAAGCCCAGAGGUGUCAUCAUAUCUCCCCCCAACUGUGGCAAGCAGCCAUCCAAACCUGGGACAAUUUGCCAGCUAAGUUGUCGCCAAGGAUUCAUUUUAUCUGGAGUCAAAGAAGAAGUGAGAUGCUCCAGUUCUGGAAAAUGGAGUGCCAAAGUUCAGACGGCAGUGUGUAAAGAUAUGGAGGCUCCUCAAAUCACGUGCCCUAAGGACAUAGAGGCUAAGACUCAGGAGCAGCAAGAUUCUGCUAAUAUUACCUGGCAAAUCCCCACAGCUAAAGACAACUCUGGGGAAAAGGUGUCCAUCCACGUUGAUCCAGCUUUCACCCCACCUUACCUUUUCCCAAUUGGAGAUGUUGCUAUCACAUACACAGCAACUGACCUCUCCGGCAACCAAGCCAGCUGUACUUUCCGUAUCAAGGUUAUUGAUGUAGAACCACCGGUCAUAGACUGGUGCAGGUCUCCACCUCCCAUCCAGGUGUCGGAAAAGGAGCACGCCGCAAGCUGGGAUGAGCCUCAGUUCUCGGACAACUCAGGGGCUGUGUUGGACAUCACCAGAAGUCAUACUCAAGGAGAGCUCUUCCCUCAUGGGGAGACUAUAGUGCGGUACACGGCCACUGACCCCUCAGGCAACAAUAGGACAUGCGACAUCCACAUUGUCAUAAAAGGUUCUCCCUGUGAAGUGCCAUUCACACCUAUAAACGGAGAUUUUAUAUGUGCUCAAGAUAGUGCUGGAGUUAACUGCACUUUAAGUUGCUUAGAGGGCUAUGAUUUCACCGAAGGGUCGAUGGAGAAGUACUACUGUGCUUAUGAGGAUGGGAUCUGGAGACCACCGUAUUCCACUGAGUGGCCGGACUGUGCCAUAAAACGUUUUGCAAACCAUGGGUUUAAGUCCUUUGAGAUGCAGUACAAAGCAACUCGUUGCGAUGACACAGAUCUUUUGAAGAAGUUUUCUGAAGCCUUUGAGACCACCCUGGGGAAAAUGGUCCCAUCAUUUUGUAGUGAUGCUGAUGACAUUGACUGCAGACUGGAGGACCUGACCAAAAAAUAUUGCCUAGAAUAUAAUUAUGACUAUGAAAAUGGCUUUGCAAUUGGACCAGGUGGUUGGGGUGCAGCUAAUAGGCUCGAUUACUCCUACGAUGACUUCUUGGACGCCGUGCAAGAAACACCUCCAAGCAUUGGCAAAGCCAGAUCUUCACGGAUUAAAAGAAGUGCCCCAUUAUCUGACCACAAAAUUAAGUUAAUUUUUAACAUCACAGCUAGUGUGCCGUUACCUGAUGAAAGAAAUGAUACCCUUGAAUUGGAAAAUCAGCAACGACUCAUUAAGACCUUGGAAACUAUCACAAAUCGACUGAAAAGGACCCUCAAUAAAGAGCCCAUGUAUUCCUUUCAGCUUGCUUCGGAAAUGCUUGUAGCUGACACCAAUUCACUAGAAACAGAAAAAGCUUUCCUCUUCUGCAGGCCCGGCUCAGUGCUGAGAGGGCGCAUGUGUGUCAAUUGCCCUUUGGGAACCUAUUUUUCUCUGGAACAUUCUGUCUGUGAAAGCUGCCGGAUGGGAUCCUACCAAGAUGAAGAAGGGCAACUUGAGUGCAAGCUUUGUCCCGCGGGGACUCACACCGAGUAUCUCCAUUCGAGAAGCAUCUCCGAGUGUAAAGCUCAGUGCAAACAAGGCACCUACUCAUCCAACGGGCUUGAGACUUGCGAGUCAUGCCCUCUGGGCACUUACCAGCCAGAAUUUGGUUCCCGGACCUGCCUCUCAUGUCCAGAAAACACCUCGACUGUGAAAAGAGGAGCUGUGGACAUUUCUGCUUGUGGAGUACCUUGUCCGGUAGGAGAAUUCUCCCGUUCUGGGUUAAUGCCCUGUUACCCAUGUCCUCAGGACUACUACCAGCCUAAUCCAGGGAAGUCUUUCUGCCUGUCUUGUCCCUUCUAUGGAACUACCACAAUCACUGGUGCCAGAUCCAUCACAGACUGUUCAAGUUUUAGCUCAACUUUCUCAGCAGCAGAGGAAAGUGUAGUGCCCCUGGCCUCUCUUGGGCAUAUUGAAAAGAAGUAUGAAGUCAGCAGUCAGGUUUUCCACGAAUGCUUCUUAAACCCUUGCCACAAUGAGGGAACCUGCCAACAACUUGGGCGUGGUUAUGUUUGUCUCUGUCUACCUGGAUAUACAGGCUUGAAGUGUGAGACGGACGUGGAUGAGUGCAGCUCCCGGCCCUGCCUGCACGGCGGCGUCUGUAAAGACCGGGUUGGGGAAUUCUUCUGUGAGUGCCCGUCGGGUUACACAGGUCGACUAUGUGAAGAAAAUAUAAAUGAAUGUAGCUCCAGUCCUUGUUUAAAUAAGGGCACCUGUGUCGAUGGCUUGGCUGGCUACCAUCUUUCUCUUUCUCAUCCAUUCUCAGGCCUGCACUGUGAGACAGAAGUGAAUGAGUGCCAGUCAAGCCCAUGCUUACACAAUGCAGCCUGUGAAGACCAAGUUGGGGGUUUCCUGUGCAAAUGCCCACCUGGAUUUUUGGGUACCCGGUGCGAAAAAAACAUUGAUGAGUGUCUCAGUCAGCCGUGCAAAAAUGGAGCUACUUGUAAAGAUGGUGCCAAUAGCUUCAGGUGCCAGUGUGCAGCAGGCUUCACAGGGUCACACUGUGAACUGAACAUCAAUGAGUGUCAGUCUAACCCAUGUAGAAAUCAGGCCACCUGUGUAGAUGAAUUAAACUCAUACAGUUGUAAAUGUCGGCCAGGAUUUUCAGGCAGCAGGUGUGAAACAGAACAGUCUACGGGAUUUAACCUGGAUUUUGAGGUUUCUGGAAUCUAUGGUUAUGUCAUGCUAGAUGGUGUGCUUCCAUCUCUCCAAGCUGUGACCUGUGCAUUUUGGAUGAAGUCCUCUGACACCACCAACUAUGGAACACCAAUCUCCUAUGCACUGGAGAAUGGCAGUGAUAAUACCUUCCUCCUGACUGAUUACAAUGGCUGGGUUCUUUAUGUGAAUGGCAAGGAAAAGAUAACAGACUGUCCUGCAGUGAAUGACGGCAGUUGGCAUCAUAUUGCAAUCACUUGGACGAGUUCCAAUGGAGCCUGGAAAGUCUACAUUGAUGGGAAAUUAUCUGACGGGGGUACAGGCCUCUCUGUUGGCUCCGCCAUCCCUGGUGGUGGUGCAUUAGUUCUGGGGCAAGAGCAAGACAAAAAAGGAGAGGGAUUCAACCCAGCUGAGUCUUUUGUGGGCUCCAUAAGCCAGCUCAACCUCUGGGACUAUGUCCUGUCUCCACAGCAGGUGAAAUCACUGGCCACCUCCUGCCCAGAGGAACUCAGCAGAGGAAAUGUGUUGGCCUGGCCUGAUUUCUUGUCAGGAAUUGUGGGGAAAGUGAAGAUUGAUUCCAAGAGCAUAUUCUGUUCUGAUUGCCCACCUUUGGAAGGAUCAGUACCUCAUUUGAGAACUGCAUCAGCAGAUUUGAAGCCAGGCUCCCAAGUCAGUCUGUUCUGUGAUCCAGGCUUCCAGAUAGUCGGGAACCCUGUGCAGUCCUGUCUGAAUCAAGGACAGUGGACCCAGCCGCUGCCUCAGUGUGAACGCAUCAGCUGUGGGGUGCCACCUGCUUUGGAGAAUGGCUUUUAUUCAGCUGAGGACUUCCACGCUGGCAGCACAGUGACCUACCAGUGCAAUAAUGGCUACUAUUUAUUGGGCGAUUCCAGGAUGUUCUGUACAGAUAACGGGAGCUGGAACGGCAUCUCACCAGCAUGCCUUGAUGUCGACGAGUGUGCAGUUGGAUCCGAUUGCAGUGAGCAUGCAUCGUGCCUGAACACCAAUGGAUCCUACAUAUGCUCCUGCAUCCCGCCAUACACAGGGGACGGGAAAAACUGUGCAGAACCUAUAAAAUGUAAGGCUCCAGGAAAUCCAGAAAACGGCCACUCUUUCGGCGAGAUUUAUACAGUGGGUGCCGAGGUCACAUUUUCCUGUGAGGAAGGAUACCAAUUGAUGGGGGUAACUAAAAUUACGUGUUUGGAGUCUGGAGAAUGGAAUCAUCUAAUUCCAUAUUGUGAAGCUAUUUCCUGUGGUGCACCAGCUAUCCCAGAAAAUGGUGGCAUUGAGGGGUCAACAUUCACCUAUGGCAGUAAAGUGCUAUAUAGAUGUAAUAAAGGAUACACUCUGGCUGGUAAUAAAGAAUCCUCCUGUCUUGCUGACGGUUCUUGGAGUCAUUUUCCUCCUGUGUGUGAACUGGUGAAGUGUUCUAACCCAGAAAACAUAAAUAAUGGAAAUUAUAUUUUGAGCGGGCUCACCUACCUUUCUACUGCUUCCUAUUCAUGUGAGAGUGGAUUCAGGAUACAAGGUUUGUGUAUAAUCUGCUGCCCACAGUCUGGAGUCUGGGAUAGAGCGCCACCUACCUGUCACCUGGUCACCUGUGGAGAGCCACCUGCCAUCAAAGAUGCUGUCCUCACCGGGAGUAACUUCACUUUUGGGCACACUGUCACUUACGCUUGCAAAGAAGGCUAUACCUUGGCUGGCCCUGACACCAUUGAAUGCUUGGCCAACGGCAAGUGGAGUGGAAGUAACCAGCAGUGUCUGGCUGUCUCCUGUGAUGAGCCCCCCAAUGUGGAUCACGCCUCUCCAGAAACUGCCCAUCGGCUCUUUGGAGACAUUGCAUUCUACUACUGCUCGGAUGGUUACAGUCUAGCAGACAAUUCCCAGCUCCUCUGCAAUGCGCAGGGCAAGUGGGUUCCCCCAGAGGGUCAGGACGUACCCCGUUGUAUAGCUCAUUUCUGUGAAAAACCCCCAUCUGUUUCCUAUAGCAUCUUGGAAUCCGUGAGCAAAGCAAAAUUUGCAGCUGGCUCAGUUGUGAGCUUCAAAUGCAUGGAAGGUUUUGUGCUGAACACCUCAGCAAAGAUCGAAUGUAUGAGAGGCGGGCAGUGGAACCCUUCCCCCAUGUCCAUCCAGUGCAUCCCCGUGCGGUGCGGAGAGCCACCGAGCAUCACGAAUGGCUAUGCAAGCGGGUCCAACUACAGCUUUGGAGCCAUGGUGGCUUAUAGCUGCAACAAGGGAUUCUACAUUAAAGGGGAGAAGAAGAGCACCUGUGAGGCCACAGGGCAGUGGAGCAGCCCCAUGCCCACCUGCCACCCUGUAUCUUGCAAUGAACCUCCUAAGGUUGAGAAUGGCUUUCUGGAGCAUACAACUGGCAGGAUCUUUGAGAGUGAAGCGAGCUUUCAGUGUAACCCGGGCUACAAGCCAGUUGGAAGUCCCGUAUUUGUCUGCCAAGCAAAUCGCCACUGGCACAGUGACUCCCCCCUGUCAUGCAUCCCUCUCAACUGUGGGAAACCUCCCCCCAUCCAGAAUGGCUUCGUGAAAGGAGAAAAUUUUGAAGUAGGUUCCAAGGUGCAGUUUUUCUGCAAUGAGGGCUAUGAGCUUAUUGGUGAUAGUUCUUGGACGUGCCAGAAAUCUGGCAAAUGGAAUAAGAAACCAAACCAAAAGUGCGUGCCAGCCAAGUGCCCAGAGCCACCCCUCGUGGAAAACCAGCUGGUAAUGAAGGAGCUGAUGGCUGAGGUGGGAGUGGUGACAUUCUCCUGUAAAGAAGGACAGGCCCUGCAAGGCCCCUCCGUCUUGAAAUGCUUGCCCUCCCAGCGGUGGAACGACUCUUUCCCUGUCUGUAAGAUGGUUCUUUGCCUACCACCACCCCUAAUUUCCUUCGGGGUCCCUGCCCCUUCUUCUGCUCUUCAUUUUGGAAGUACUGUUAAGUAUUCUUGUGUAGACGGGUUUUUCCUAAGGGGAGAUCCCACCACCCUCUGCCAAGCUGAUGGCACUUGGAGCUCUCCACUGCCCGAAUGUGUUCCAGUAGAAUGUCCCCAACCCGAGGAAAUCCUCAACGGCAUCAUAGACGUGCAGGGUCUUGCCUAUCUCAGCACAGCUCUCUAUACCUGCAAGCCAGGCUUUGAGUUGGUGGGAAAUACCAGCACCCUUUGUGGAGAAAAUGGUCAGUGGCUCGGAGGAAAACCCACAUGUAAGCCCAUUGAGUGCCCCCAGCCCAAGGAGAUUUUGAAUGGCAAAUUCUCUUACACAAACCUGCAUUAUGGACAGAGCGUUACAUACUAUUGUGACCGAGGCUUCCGGCUCGAAGGUCCCAAAGCCUUGACCUGUUUAGAGACGGGUGAUUGGGAUGUGGAUGCCCCGUCUUGCAAUGCCAUCCACUGUCAUCCCCCACAACCCAUUGAAAAUGGUUUUGUAGAAGGUGCAGAUUAUAGUUAUGGUGCCAUGAUCAUCUACAGCUGCUUCCCUGGGUUCCAGGUAGCUGGUCUCGCCAUGCAGACCUGUGAAGAGGCAGGAUGGUCAAGCUCCAUCCCAACGUGUGUACCUAUAGACUGUGGCCUCCCUCCUCACAUAGAUUUUGGAGACUGUACUAAAGUCAAGGAUGGCCAGGGAUAUUUUGAACAAGAAGAUGAUGUGAUGGAAGUUCCAUAUCUGACUCCUCACCCUCCUCAUCAUAUGGGAACAGUGGCUAAAACCCAGGAAAAUGCAAAGGAAUCUCCUACACCAUUGUCAAACUUUCUAUAUGGCACCAUGGUCUUAUAUACCUGUAAUCCAGGAUAUGAACUUUUGGGGAACCCUAUGCUGAUCUGCCAGGAAGAUGGGACUUGGAAUGGCAGUGCACCCUCCUGCAUUUCAAUUGAAUGUGACUUUCCUAUCGCUCCUGAAAAUGGCUUUCUGCGUUUUACGGAGACUAGCAUGGGAAGUGCCGUGCAGUAUGGCUGCAAACCAGGACAUGUUCUCGUGGGCUCUGACAUGAGACUUUGUCUACAGAACAGAAAGUGGAGUGGUGCUUCCCCACACUGUGAAGCCAUUUCAUGCAAAAAGCCAAACCCAGUCAUGAAUGGCUCCAUCAAAGGAAGCCUCUACACGUACUUGAGCGUGUUCCCGCCACAAGUGGCAAAUGGAGUGAUGGAUGGCCUGGACUAUGGCUUUAUGAAGGAAGUGGUCUUCCACUGUCAGGAGGGCUAUGCAUUGCACGGUGCUCCAAAACUCACCUGCCAGUCAGAUGGCCACUGGGAUGCAGAGGUUCCUGUCUGUAAGCCAGUCAGCUGUGGGCCUCCUGAAGAUCUUGCUCAUGGCUUCCCUCAUGGUUUUUCCUUUUAUCAUGGGGGGCAUAUACAGUAUCAGUGCUUUCCAGGUUAUAAGCUCCAUGGAAGUUCUUCAAGAAGGUGUCUCUCCAAUGGCUCCUGGAGUGGCAGUCCACCAUCCUGCCUGCCUUGCAGGUGUUCCACACCAACCAUUCAAUAUGGAACCAUCAAUGGGACAGAUUUCAGCUGUGGAAAGAUAGCCCGGAUUCAGUGCUUCAAAGGCUUCACACUCCUGGGAUCGUCUGAAAUCACCUGUGAAGCCAAUGGCCAGUGGAGCUCCAGCUUCCCAAGUUGUGAACAUGUGGCUUGUGGUUCUCUCCCAACCAUUCCAAAUGCACUCAUCAGUGAGAGCAGCUCCUUGAAGGAAAAUAUGAUAACUUACAGUUGCAGGUCUGGGUAUGUCCUACAAGGCAGUUCAGAUUUGAUUUGUACAGAAAAAGGGACCUGGAGCCAGCCUUAUCCAGUCUGUGAGCCCCUGUCCUGUGGUCCCCCACCAACUGUCACCAAUGCUGUGGCAACUGGAGAAGCACACACCUAUGAAAGUAAAGUGAAGCUCAGAUGUCUGGAAGGUUAUAUGAUGGAUACAGAUAUAGAUACCUUCACCUGUCAGAAAGAUGGUCACUGGUUCCCAGAGAGAAUCUCCUGCAGUCCCAAAAAAUGUCCGUUUCCAGAAAACAUAACACGUAUACGUGUUCAUGGGGACGACUUCAGUGUGAAUAAGCAAGUUUCUGUGUCAUGUGUGGAAGGGUAUACCUACGGGGGAGUUAACGUAUCAACAUGCCAGCUUGAUGGUACCUGGGAGCCAUUAUUUUCUGACGAAUUCUGUAGUCCAGUUUCUUGUGGAAAACCUGAAAGUCCAGAACAUGGAUUUGUGGUUGGCAGUGAACACAGCUUUGAAAGCACAAUUAUUUAUCAAUGUGAAUCUGGCUAUGAAUUAGAGGGAAACAGGGAACGUGUCUGUCAGGAGAACAGACAGUGGAGUGGAGAGGUAGCAACUUGCAAAAAGAUUAGAUGUGAAGCUCCACAUGACUUUCCAAACGGCAAGGCUGACAUUGAAAAUACGACAAUGGGACAACUCAGCGUGGUGUAUUCCUGCAACAGAGGCUAUACCCUGGAAGGGCUGUCGGAGGCUCAGUGCACAGAAAAUGGAACUUGGAGCCACCCCGUUCCUCUCUGCAAACCAAAUCCAUGCCCUGUUCCUUUUGUGAUCCCUGAGAAUGCUCUGCUUUCGGAAAAGGAGUUCUAUGUUGAUCAGAAUGUGUCCAUCAAGUGUAGGGAAGGCUUCCUGCUCCAGGGCCACGGCAUUAUUACCUGCAAUCCUGAUGAGACGUGGACACAGACAGGUGCCAAAUGUGAAAAAAUUUCAUGCGGUCCACCGGCUCAUGUGGAAAAUGCAAUUGCGCGAGGCAUCCGUUAUCAGUACGGGGACAUGAUCACCUACUCGUGUUACAGCGGCUACAUGUUGGAGGGUUCCCUGAGGAGUGUCUGCCUGGGAAACGGCACAUGGACGUCACCACCCACCUGCAGAGCGGUCUGUCGGUUCCCUUGUCAGAAUGGGGGCAUCUGCCAACGCCCAAAUGCUUGCUCCUGCCCCGACGGCUGGAUGGGGCGCCUCUGCGAAGAACCAAUAUGCAUUCUCCCCUGUCUGAACGGUGGUCGCUGUGUGGCCCCUUAUCAGUGUGACUGUCCCCCUGGCUGGACAGGGUCCCGCUGUCAUACAGCUGUGUGCCAGUCUCCCUGUUUAAAUGGCGGAAAAUGUGUGAGACCAAACCGAUGCCACUGUCUCUCUGCUUGGACGGGACAUGACUGUUCCAGGAAGAGGAGGACGGGGUUUUAGCCACCGCACACCCACGGGGCUCUCCCCAAAGCAGGUUCAUCUCUUCCUAGCAGCGUCUGGGCAUCCUGGAAGUUAUGCGAAGAAAGUCCAACAUGGUGCUGGGCCUUGGUUCGUUUGGUAAACGUGUUCUUUGGGGUUUACGUUUUCAUUCUGUGAUGUCUGUUGUUAUUCCUCGUGCCAUACUUUCGUAUAUGUUUGCCUUUUUAAAUAUGCCUGUAUUUUCUAUAUAAAAAUUAUAUUAAAUAGAUGCUGCUCCACCCUCA